CCGAGUGCGCCAUCGAAUGUGGUUCGAAUAAAUCCUCGAGAGAAACAGUCGCUGGGAAAGCGUCUCCGAGUCGGGUGAAUCGACCACCGAUUGGUUGAAAGUUUCUUGGAAAACCACAUACCGCAAAUUAAAGAUAGAUCUUUAAAAACAAAAUUCCCUCUGUCAUAUCCGAGAAGGGUGCGCUUUCAAAAUGUCCAUGGAUCCAGCAGUUUCCUUCGAGGAUCUGGAGCGUCGUCGACGUCGCGCCAGUUCCGCCCGGAAGCAGUCACAUACUCCGCAGCCGCCUACGCACCUGGCCGACUCGGAGGCCAUGGCUGUCAUCAAUGAGAUUUUUAAUCCUACACUGAAGCUGCCGGAGUCCAGUGGCCACUACACGCUGCCCGAGGAGAUGACCGCCGACGAUCAGGUGGCACCGCAUGAUCUGGACAUUGCCAAGCUGGCGGAGCUGAAGGAAGUCUUCUCCCUCUUUGACACGGACUGCGACGGAUUGAUCUCGAAGGAUGAUCUGCGGUUCACCUAUACCGCGCUGGGCAAUGAACCCAAUGAGCAGCUUCUGGAACAGAUGAUGGAGGAGGCCAAGGAACCCCUGGACUAUGAGGCCUUCGUUCGACUGAUGAGUCGACGCACCCAAGAACUGGAUCCGGAGGAUGUGCUUCUCGAAGCCUGGAGCAAAUGGGAUGAUCACGGCACGGGCAAGAUCGAGGAACGCAAGAUCUACGAGGAGCUAACCAAUUACGGUGACAAAAUGACCCUUAACGAGGCCAAGGAGGCUCUUAGCCAUGCACCGAUGGCCAAGCCUAAAUCCCUGGAGGAGCCGCCAAUGAUCGAUUAUCCGGCAUUUUGUCGCAUGCUCGGAGGAAUGCGCAAACGAAAAGGGGAAUAACAUUAUAGAUUGAUUGAUAUUAUGUUAUUUAAAACUCUCAAUUUGUUUAUUACUUCAACAUUUAUUAAAACGAAAUUAAAAAGGAAUAUUUUAUAUAUUGCUGGAUAGGCAAAAGUUUGCCUAAGCAAGAAAUUGUAAGGAUUUGUUGUACUUCUUGAAAUUUUGAGUUCCUAUAUUUAUUUAUUUUUAUUUAUUUAUUUCAUUUCAUAAUUUACUUUCAUUAAAGUAAAACAGGCUUUGAGUUCAGGAUUCCUAUAUAUUUAAAUCCCGUUGCAAUAGAACAACAAAUUAUUCAACUUCUGUCAGCUAGUUAGUAAAUCUAUCUAUAUCCUUUUCAGUAAGUCCCAGCAAUCUACUUAAUUAUUUUUCAAUUACUUAUGGCUCUGAGAACAUGGCCAAUUGCAGCUGUUUUAAUGUGACAAUCGAAUUAGCCUUAACGCCAACUUUUGUUCGACUUUUUA